AUGGAGACUUCACAAACCAAUCCCAGCACCUGGAAGUCCACCUCUUCCACCACUAGGACACCACCUCCAGCCUACGAGAUGCAAGAUCUGGGACCUGCAGUAGCAGCAGCACCACCGUCCAAUCUGCCAGUACCAGCAACGCAACCACGCCCACAUGCGAAGAGAGAACGAUGUGUUGGUCUCAAGUGUCGCUUCAUCACUGAAGCCUUUGGCGGCACCAUCAAGACACCUCCAAACACCUCCAUGAAGAACAGCCACCACUAUUCCUCCACCAUCAUGGAGCCCAACACCGACUCAUGGAAAACCGACCUUUGUAAAGCUGGCACGAAAUACAGCAGCGAGCAAGCGCCUCCAGCCUACAAAAUGCAAGACUUUCGAUCAUCAUCACUACAGGCUGUUUUCCCAACACCAGGUCCACGACAACCACAGCAUACAGAAUCUGUGAAUUGGUGUGGGAUUGCUAAGGCACUUGGAUGUACUGUUCUAGUUCUUGCUGUUGGCGGUGCUAUCAUCUAUGGGAUUAUGUGUGGUAUUGUCAAAGUAGCGGAAACAAAACAACAACACCAGAGAAUCCCUUUUUGGUAG